AUGCUAGGGAAAAAGAUGGGGUCUUUCAAGAAACUAGGGAAAAAGGGUAAAGGUUUAGGUGGAGUUGACCCUGACCCUGUUCACCAUGAGUGUUUGCUUAGGGGAUCUAAGGAAGAAUCAUCCCCCAACAUAACCCCAAUUGGGUUUUUUCCACUUUAUGUUGGGGAGGAGCGCCAGAGAUAUGUGGUUCCAACCCGUUACCUUUCUCACCCUUUAUUCAAGAUGCUGUUGGAGAAGGCAUACAAUGAAUUUGGUUUUGAUCAGAGGAAUGGCCUGGUUGUUCCAUGUAGUGUUUCAGCAUUUCAGGAGGUAGUGAAUGCUGUAAAAUGCAACAACGGCAAGUUUGACUUGGGAAAAUUUUUUGGGGAAUUUGUUUGA